UUACCUGCGCAGAAUAUUUUGGCACAGAUUCGGAAGCGGCAGGUGAAGCCCGCCUGCUGCUGAUUGAGCUUUCUAUGCCUCCCGUUCUUAGAGCCCCAGCCGAGGCUGGGACGCAGGGAGUGGAGCAUAGUAGAGGCUGGAACGGUGCGGCGCCGGAACUGGCCGCGCGGGGCCGCUGCGGGCUAUGGGCUUCUCUGAGAGGUUCCUCCCCAGCCCCAAGUGGCCCAGAUCCCGGACACCCGGGCUCCCGCCCAGGAUCCCGCAGGCCCAGGGCGGUCCUGGAGCGGAAAGAAUGCCACGCGGGGCCUUCGGACGCUGUUUGCCGGCGCUGUAUUUCGCUUUCCUGACCUGCCCUACUCCAGAGCAGAGAAUGAGCGGAACCCAGGCUCCUGAUAUCCAUCUGGGUGAGCCAGCCAGAGGGACCGGCUGUGUCAGAGGCAAGCAAACAAGUAUUAGAGUGCAAGACGGUGGGCGGGGAGCGGGAGCCCGAGCCGCCAGCAGGGAGCUUCGGAGAGAGAGAGCCCAGGAACAUCCCGGAGAGAGCUGGGCCAUUCCUCAGCCCUGCCCUGCCCCGCAGCCCCUAGCCCUCCACCCAGAAACCCAGCCCUGUCCGGCCUGCCGCUCUCCUCCUCCAGGCCGGGUGCUGCUGCGGCCAGCGUUGCCGGGGCAUCACUUCCUCCUUCCCAUCAUGGCAGUGUACCGCCUGUGUGUGACCACUGGUCCCUACCUGAGGGCCGGCACACUGGACAACAUCUCUGUCACACUGGUGGGCACGUGUGGUGAAAGCCCCAAGCAGCGGCUAGAUCGAGUGGGCAGGGACUUCGCCCCUGGAUCGGUACAGAAGUACAAGGUGCGCUGCUCAGCGGAGCUGGGUGAGCUCUUGCUGCUGCGUGUACACAAGGAGCGCUACGCUUUCUUCCGCAAGGACUCUUGGUACUGCAGCCGCAUCUGUGUCACCGAACCGGAUGGUACUGUAUCCCACUUCCCCUGCUAUCAGUGGAUUGAAGGCUACUGCACCGUGGAGCUGAGGCCGGGAACAGCAAGAACUAUUUGUCAGGACUCCCUUCCCCUCCUCCUGGAUCACAGGACACGGGAGCUCCGGGCCCGACAAGAAUGCUACCGCUGGAAGAUCUAUGCCCCUGGCUUCCCCCGCAUGGUAGACGUCAACAGCUUUCAGGAGAUGGAGUCAGACAAGAAAUUUGCCUUGACAAAGACGACAACUUGUGUAGACCAGGGUGACAGCAGUGGGAAUCGGUACCUGCCUGGCUUCCCCAUGAAAAUUGACAUCCCAUCCCUGAUGUACAUGGAGCCCAAUAUUCGAUACUCAGCCACCAAGACGAUCUCGCUGCUCUUCAAUGCCAUCCCUGCGUCCUUGGGAAUGAAGCUUCGAGGGCUGUUGGAUCGUAAGGGCUCCUGGAAGAAGCUGGAUGACAUGCAGAACAUCUUCUGGUGCCAUAAGACCUUCACGACAAAGUAUGUCACAGAGCACUGGUGUGAAGAUCACUUCUUCGGGUACCAGUACCUGAAUGGCGUCAAUCCCGUCAUGCUCCACUGCAUCUCCAGCUUGCCCAGCAAGCUGCCUGUCACCAAUGACAUGGUGGCCCCCUUGCUGGGACAGGACACAUGCCUGCAGACAGAGCUAGAGAGGGGGAACAUCUUCCUAGCGGACUACUGGAUCCUGGCGGAGGCCCCCACGCAUUGCCUAAACGGCCGCCCGCAGUACGUGGCCGCCCCACUGUGCCUGCUGUGGCUCAGCCCCCAUGGGGCGCUGGUGCCCUUGGCCAUCCAGCUCAGCCAGACCCCCGGGCCCGACAGCCCCAUCUUCCUGCCCACUGACUCCGAAUGGGACUGGCUGCUGGCCAAGACGUGGGUGCGCAACUCUGAGUUCCUGGUGCACGAAAACAACACUCACUUUCUGUGCACGCAUUUGCUGUGCGAGGCCUUCGCCAUGGCCACGCUGCGCCAGCUGCCGCUCUGCCACCCCAUCUACAAGCUCCUGCUCCCCCACACUCGAUACACGCUGCAGGUGAACACCAUCGCGAGGGCCACGCUGCUCAACCCCGAGGGCCUCGUGGACCAGGUCACGUCCAUCGGGAGGCAAGGCCUCAUCUACCUCAUGCGCACGGGCCUGGCCCACUUCACCUACACCAAUUUCUGCCUUCCGGACAGCCUGCGGGCCCGCGGCGUCCUGGCUAUCCCCAACUACCACUACCGAGACGACGGCCUGAAGAUCUGGGCGGCCAUUGAGAGCUUUGUCUCGGAAAUCGUGGGCUACUAUUAUCCCAGUGAUGCAUCUGUGCAGCAGGAUUCGGAGCUGCAGGCCUGGGUUGGCGAGAUUUUUGCUCAGGCGUUCCUGGGCCGGGAAAGCUCAGGUUUCCCAAGCCGGCUGUGCACCCGAGGAGAGAUGGUGAAGUUCCUCACUGCAAUCAUCUUCAAUUGCUCUGCCCAGCACGCUGCUGUCAACAGUGGGCAGCAUGACUUUGGGGCCUGGAUGCCCAAUGCUCCAUCAUCCAUGAGGCAGCCCCCACCCCAGACCAAGGGGACCACCACCCUGAAGACUUACCUAGACACUCUCCCUGAAGUGAACAUCAGCUGUAACAACCUCCUCCUCUUCUGGUUGGUUAGCCAAGAACCCAAGGACCAGAGGCCCCUGGGCACCUACCCAGAUGAGCACUUCACAGAGGAGGCCCCGAGGCGGAGCAUUGCCACCUUCCAGAGCCGCCUGGCCCAGAUCUCAAGGGACAUCCAGGAGCGGAACCAGGGUCUGGCGCUGCCCUACACCUACCUGGACCCUCCCCUCAUUGAGAACAGCGUCUCCAUCUAACCACCCCCAAAUACCACCCAAGAAGAAAGAAAGGUCCAAGCAUGAGGAGGGCCAGUUCCUCAGGGUCCUCCAGACCCUUCCAUCCUCCCUGUUCUCAGUUCGCCUGAACCUUCUCUUCUGCAUGUGGGGACCGUUGCAGCCAAGAUGGCCCUGACAUCAUACAAACUGGGUCCUGAGCUGUGAGAGACCAGUACAGCAGCAUCCAGGGUUAAAAGCCACUGACCAAAGUCCCAUGCACAAUAGCCCCUCCGAAAGGAAGGAACCGCUUCACUUCUUGCCCUACUUGGGGCAGCCUCUUGGAAUGCCCAGCUUGGGUUUCUGAGCUUUUCUCCCUCAUCCUCCCCCAUCCCCAAACUCCUUCUCCUACCAUGCCUUUCUACUUUCUCUUUCCUCCAAGCCUAGAGCCACCAGCCCAGCUUCCUUCUCUGGAAAAGCCUGGAAACUGGGCACAGAAGGACUGUGUGCCUGGGUCUGACAUGUGGUCCCCUUUGUCCCUAGCACCUUUAAGGGGAGGGGAAGAAUUGGAGCGCAGCUUGCCUGGACCCCUAACUGCUGUUCUCAGGGACAGGUUCCCAGGCCUGGGGUGUUUGUGGGGAUCUGUCUUUCUCUCAAGCUUUCAUCCUACUCCCCUUUCAUCCCAUUUUUUUCUUUUUGUCCUUGAGCCCAGUGAGUUCAAUAAAAACCAAAACAUUUGCCCCUCA